AACUGGUUCUCGUACUGGAACUAACCACAAUGGCAGGCGAAGUGGUGGAAAAACAAGAUAGUGAUAAAGAUGCAGGUGAAGGAAAGAAGAAAUUGUCAAGUUGGCUCAACAAAAGUAUGAAGGUCAGAAUGACAGAUGGAAGAACUCUAAUUGGUAUAUUCCUUUGUACAGACAGGGAGAGGAAUGUUAUUCUGGGUUCUUGUGAAGAAUAUCUCAGGCCUCCAGAGAGUAAAGAAAAGGAGGAGCCCCGUAUACUGGGAUUAGCGAUGAUUCCAGGUCACCACAUUAUCAGCAUCUCCAUUGAUAAAUCCCAGCUCGAGGAUACAGAAAUUCAAUGAGGAAAUGUGGAAAACCUGCGUGGUACAAUGUGCAGGAGGUGACUCAGGGCCAGUUGGCGGUGAAAUUGCUGGCCCCAUUAUGAAAAACUAACGGUGAACAUCAGUUUACAGAAAGCAAAAAGGAAACAUCAAAUUAGCUCAUAUUCCAAGAGUAUUUCUCCAAACAGCUGACAUACAACUUCUUUACUGUUGUUGUUUCAGUUUAAAAACUAAUAAAUGAUAAAUAUUGAAAA